AUGAUAGAAACUGAUUUGAUGAUCGAAUUCGGGGCGAUCAUGGACGAGACCGAACAGUGGGCUGGUCUCUUUGAGUCUUUUUGUUUCAAAACCAAAUACCUCAUUGAACGUCAAAAACGCGCACUACAGCAUUUCGCCGAAGAGAACGAAACUCUCAAAGCUGAGAAUUCGAAGCUCCGCGCCAAGAACAGACGAAUGAAGCACAUGUUCAUCGGGUUCGGGAACCGUUUCAAGGAGCUAGAUGUGACUCCAAGUCCAAACAACGUGAAGGGGCAGCAGCUGAUGCGAUCCGAGUCAGACGACGAUGGUGAAGUGAACGCUCCCUCUCCGCUCGAUAUGAACUUUUUCCCGUCCCCAGGAUCACCUGUCUUCCCCGGUUUAGUAACUAGAGGGCCACGACAACCACAACAAAAUCAAACUCAAAAAACAAGUGCACCGGCCUCGGAUAAUUCUGAUUCCGAAAGUGAAUCCGAGAAAAACAAAGCCCUUGGACCAUGCGCAUUCAAAAUGUUGAUGCAGCAGAAACAAGCGUCGCCUGGAAAAACUCCAAAACGUUCACCUCGAAAGACGCCGUCAAAGAAGCGCACCCGCCCGCAGAGUUCCUCCAGCGGUCAAAGUCCGAACCAGAAAAAAGAGCAAAGCGGAAAGCUGAAGCAACUCCGGAUGGAUGUUUUUUCUCCUAAAAAACCGACAACCCAGGAAAAUUCAAAUACCGGAAAUGCAGAACGCCGCAAUUCAGAAUCAGACUCUUCUCAAAGCCCAUUUAAAGUUCCCAAGUCUCCUGCCUCCAGAUCCCUGUACCAAAAAUUCAACACCCCAGUUGUUGCCCCUGACGUCCGAAGCUCCUCUCGCUCCGAAACCGAACCUGACGACCAACCAGUCUCCGAGAAUUCGAAUUCUAUCGAUCAAGAAUGCCGAGAAUUCAAUCAAAAAGUGAAAGAAGAACCCGAAUAA